CUUCGAAGCGACCAAGCAGCAACACACCUCCACGCGGCCCACAACACCUUUUUCAUCUUCAGAAACCACUUGAAUCCCUUUUCGCACCUUUCAGAUACACAUUCAAGAUGGCCACCGAUCUCUGGUAAGUGUAGCGACCCUUUCUUCGGUGCCAUGGGCUGCACCAGCGCCAUUGUGUUCACCUGCUUUGGCGCAGCGUACGGCACAGCGAAGGCCGGCGUGGGUAUCUCAUCUAUGGGUGUCCUCCGACCUGACCUGAUCGUCAAGAACAUCAUUCCAGUCAUUAUGGCUGGUAUCAUUGCUAUCUACGGGUUGGUGGUGUCAGUGUUGAUCUCCAACGAAUUGACGCAGAAGACGCCGUUGUUCACUGGCUUCAUUCAACUGGGCGCUGGUCUCUCUGUCGGUCUUGCUGGUUUGGCCGCUGGGUUCGCCAUCGGAAUCGUUGGUGAUGCCGGUGUGCGUGGUACAGCACAACAACCCAGAUUGUUCGUCGGAAUGAUCCUGAUCCUCAUUUUCGCUGAAGUUUUGGGUCUGUACGGUCUCAUUGUCGCCCUGCUCAUGAACUCGCGCGCAAGCCAAGACGCCGAGUGCUAGAUAGCUGAUGAUGAGAAAUGACAAGGACGCGGACAAGAUAUUACGACAACCAAAGCGCGUCAAUAUGGUGGUGGCAGAGGAAGGAUAUGGACGGGCGCGCGCAUGAGCCUUCUCGACUGAAGAUGGUGCACAGUCCGCAUCGACAUCGACGCAUUGGGAAGAGUGCGCCAUAGGAUAGCAUCAGGGAGCAUGUAACGUUAGUUGUAUAUUCAAAGCAGCAGGCGUUCACGAAGGGGUAGACAGUGUAUAGGACCAUUUGAUCACG